CCUUUCUGGCGGCCCGGCCAUCUUGGUGGCGCGUGUCCGGUACCGCCCGACUUAACGCCAGGCAGCGACAAUGGUGGCCGCAAAGAAGACGAAAAAGUCCCUGGAGUCCAUAAACUCCAGGCUUCAGCUGGUGAUGAAAAGCGGUAAAUACGUGCUAGGAUACAAACAGACUCUGAAGAUGAUUCGGCAAGGCAAAGCCAAGUUGGUCAUCCUAGCCAACAACUGUCCUGCUUUGAGAAAAUCGGAGAUUGAAUACUACGCCAUGCUUGCAAAGACUGGUGUCCAUCAUUAUAGUGGCAACAACAUUGAAUUGGGCACAGCAUGUGGAAAAUACUACAGAGUGUGCACGCUGGCUAUUAUUGACCCAGGUGACUCUGACAUCAUUAGAAGCAUGCCAGAACAAACCAGUGAGAAGUAAAUGCUGUAAAGGUGGUCUUUCUACAAUAAAACUGGUUUUAGAUCCAUUUUAAGAAAAAUGUGUAUUGUAUUAUACUUCUGCUGGUUUUAGAGAACAAACUAUAUAAAUGAAGAUUCAUUAUCACUGC